AUGGCGCAAUACUUGGAUUCGGAUCACCGUCAAAUAUUAUCCCCACAAUACCAAACCAGAUCUCUAGAUAUGAGUACCAAACUUCAAGAAAACAAACCAUCCUUCUGUAUAGAUGCUUUAUUAUCUAGAUCGGAUGCUUUACUUGCCAGGACAGAUUCCAUAAUAACCAGAACGACAGAUCGAGACCAGGUCAAUUCUCCAGAAACCUCACGAAGUAUAUCCCCAACUUCCACGAGAAGUAGAAGUCCUCCUAUAUCCCCUGGCAGCGAAGAAAUACCGCAAAGCACAUUUGUUCCAAGGCCAGGAUUACUGAGUCACAUCUAUCCCAACGGAGGAGGAUUUUAUGGGUAUCAGUCGCAAAACCAAAGCUCCGCAUUCCACUCGCUAGAUGGAAGUAUGGUUCAAAAAGUUCAUAUCCCGUAG